GGAACAGAGGGAUAUCAGCUGUUCAAACCCAGUCUGCACUCAGCUGAGGAGGAAGACUUGAGCACAUUGCCAACAGGAGUUCUCCAAGAAUGGCAACUUAAAACCAAAGUGUCAGCACUUCAGCAGCAUUUUUUUUGACUAAAAUAAGCAUCAGACAUCAUACAAAUGGCAGAAAGUGACAAUGGAGGGGAACUCUGUGACUGCAAGGAAAAUGGAGACCUCUUCACUGAACACUCAUGCCUUCAGGCACACAUGAGAACUCAAGAUACAAUGAACACUUAUGACUGUAAUCAGUAUGGAGAAAGCUUUCUUAGUCUGCACCAGGAAACCCCUACUGGAGAGACAUUUUCUGUGUUUAAUCAGUGUAGUCUGCCACACAAUGUUGUUCAUCAGAGGAUGUGCAUGGGAGACAAUUCCUGUGAUUGCAGUGACUGUGAGAAGGUCUUUGUUAGUCAGUCAUACUUUCAGGAAAACAGGAUAACUCACAGUGGAGAAAUACUUUAUGAGGAACAGCCAUGUGGGAGAGCUUUUACUUACACAGCAAGUCAUGCUGUCUCUGUUCAAAUGCGUACUGUAGAAAAACCUUACGAAUGUAAAGAAUGUGGAAAAUUCUUUAGAUAUUCUUCAUAUCUUAAUAGUCACAUGCGAAUACAUACUGGGGAGAAACCCUAUCAAUGUAAAGAAUGUGGGAAAUGCUUCACUGUUUCUUCACACCUAGCCGAACAUGUAAGAAUUCAUACUGGCGAGAAACCGUAUCAAUGUAAGGAUUGUGGAAGAGCCUUUGCUGGGCGCUCAGGCCUUACUAAACAUGUACGAAUACACACUGGAGAGAAGCCCUAUGAAUGUAACGAAUGUGGGAAAGCCUACAAUAGGUUUUAUCUAUUAACUGAACAUUUUAAAACUCACACGGAGGAGAAACCCUUUGAAUGUAAGGUAUGUGGAAAAUCCUUUAGAAGUUCUUCAUGCCUUAAGAAUCACAUUCGAAUUCACACUGGAAUAAAACCCUAUAAAUGUAAGGACUGUGGGAAAGCCUUCACUGUUUCCUCAAGCCUACAUAAUCAUAUAAAAAUUCACACUGGAGAGAAGCCCUAUGAAUGUAAGGAAUGUGGGAAAGCCUUUGCUACGUCUUCCCAGCUUAUUGAACAUAUAAGAACUCACACUGGAGAGAAACCGUAUAUAUGUAAGGAAUGUGGAAAAACCUUCCGUGCCUCUUCACACCUGCAGAAACAUGUUAGAACUCAUACUGGAGAAAAACCCUACAUAUGUAAUGAAUGUGGGAAAGCCUAUAAUAGGUUUUAUUUACUAACUAAACAUUUAAAAACACACUAAGGAAACACUUUUAAUAUAAGGAAUAUGGGAAGUCAUUUAGAAUUUUCUCAUACUAUAAUCAUAUUUGAAUUCAUGCUAUGGGAAACCUUAUUGGUAUAAAGAAUUUGGGAAAGCCUUCAAGUAUCCUCAUUCACUUAGAAUAGUAGAUAAGAACUUUUAUUCUCAGUAUGCCCUGUGAUUAUGGGAAUGUUGUAGAACAAUUGGAAUCUGUUUUGUUUCGUUGGUUGUUUAAAGAAUAGACAUUCUUCUCAAGCCAUUGGAAUCUAAUCAGAAUCCAGCAUUUAAGAACUCACCCUGGAUCCAUGCAAUGUAGGGAACAUGGAAAGCCUUCAUUAUUUCCUUGGGUCUUACUAAAUAUGUAAGAUCUUGCAAUGGAGAUAAACCCUAUUGAUGUACAUCCAGGCAUGCCUUAGACAUGUUGCAGGUUUGGUUCCAGACCACCACAAUAAAGUGAAUAUUGCAAUAAA